AUGGCGGCUACCGCUCAGUUGAUGUUUGAUGAAUAUGGACAGCCGUUCAUAUUAAUGAGAGAUCAAGAAAAUCAGAAGAGAUUGACGGGUGUUGAAGCUUUGAAGACACAUAUCAUGGCCGCAAGAUCUGUUGCCAACACUCUGAAAACAUCUCUGGGACCACGUGGUCUGGACAAAAUGCUGGUCUCCCCAGACGGUGAAGUUACUAUUUCCAAUGACGGAGCCACCAUCAUGGAGAAAAUGGACGUUCAACAUCAUGUUGCUAAGUUAAUGGUUGAAUUGAGCAAAUCCCAAGAUGCCGAAAUCGGAGACGGAACUACUGGUGUUGUCGUUCUCGCUGGAGCUUUACUAGAAGAAGCUGAGCACCUCAUUGACAAGGGAAUUCAUCCCAUCAAGAUUGCUGAUGGAUUCGACUUGGCUUGCAAAAAGGCUUUGGAAACCCUUGACAACAUUGCUGAUAAAUUCCCCGUUCAAGACCGUGAAAGAUUAAUUGAGACUGCUCAAACAUCUCUUGGAUCCAAGAUUGUCAAUCGCUCAAUUCGCCAUUUUGCUGAAAUCGCUGUUGAUGCCGUUUUAUCAGUCGCUGAUUUGGAAAAGAGAGAUGUCAACUUCGAGUUGAUCAAAAUGCAAGGAAAAGUUGGUGGUCAACUGGAAGAUUCUAAGUUGGUAAAGGGAAUUGUCAUUGACAAGACUAUGUCUCACCCUCAAAUGCCUAAGGAAAUCCGCAAUGCUAAGGUUGCCAUCCUUACCUGCCCAUUUGAACCACCAAAACCUAAGACCAAGCAUAAACUUGACAUCACAUCUACUGAAGACUUCAAGAAGCUGAGAGAAUAUGAACGUGAAACUUUCGAGAAGAUGAUCAAACAAGUUAAAGAUAGCGGUGCUACCCUCACUAUUUGCCAGUGGGGAUUCGAUGAUGAGGCUAAUCAUCUCCUUCACCACCAUCAACUUCCUGCUGUUAGAUGGGUAGGAGGUCCAGAAAUUGAGCUUCUUGCUAUCGCUACCAAUGGUAGAAUCGUUCCAAGAUUCGAGGAACUGACCGAGCAGAAACUCGGAACUGCUGGACUUGUGCGUGAAAUCACUUUCGGAACUGCUCGCGAUCAAAUGCUCUCUAUUGAGGAGUGCCCUAACAUGAAGGCUGUUACCAUCAUGGUCCGUGGAGGAAACAAAAUGUUGAUUGAGGAGGCCAAGCGCUCUAUUCAUGAUGCUCUUUGCGUUAUCCGCAACUUGGUUAAGGAUGACAGAAUUGUCUAUGGUGGUGGAGCCGCUGAAGUUGCCUGUGCGCUUCAGGUUGCUGCUGAAGCUGAUAAGAUUGAAGGAAUCGAGCAAUAUUCUUUCCGUGCUUUCGCUGACGCUUUGGAAGCUAUUCCCAUGGCUUUGGCUGAGAACAGUGGACUUUCGCCCAUUGAUGCCAUCACAGAUUUGAAGGCCAAGCACCUCUCGACCAAGAACUCCUACUUGGGUAUUGAUGCUACCUUCAGUGGAACCAAUGACAUGAAGAAACAAAAGGUUAUUGAGACUCUCCUCUCCAAGAAAGAACAAAUCUCUCUCGCUACACAGGUUGUUCGUAUGAUUCUCAAGAUUGAUGAUGUCCGAGUACCUGACGAUGAAGCUGGACAUGCCCAUUAA